AUGGACGCUUUACAAAACACUGUUCAGCAAGCUAAUUUGGCCAGCCUUUUAGGCUUACAUUUGGGUCUUUCACUUCUUGGUGCAGUUGCUACCAAUCCAACAUAUAAUAUCCCCAUCUUCUUUUUCGGCAUUUGGGCUUACAACUACCGAGAAUCUACUUCACCUCUUAAAACUUUUACAGGCAUAUUAGGUUUCAGUAUCUUUUUGGAUUUGAGUUGGCUCUAUCUACAUGGAGGCAACCCACAAGAAGAAAGCGGAUUUGGUUUUGCAAAGUUCUUCACAAUCAUCAGUUUGCUUGUCAAGCCUUUAUCCGUUUAUUCCGGAAUAAACAACCUCAAGGAAAGAGGGGAUACAUUAAACGCUGGAAAUUGGUCAGAUGCUCCUGGCGCUUUCCCAAGUGGUGGUUAUCAAAAUGUCAGAGAUGGAGAUAGUGCUGAAUUUGCAUAA